AUGUUCUUCAAGUCGCCUGAGCUGCUCAUCGGAAAUAUUGGCCGCCGAACACCGCUGCUACUGAUAUGUUUACUUUUGCAGUUUGCAGUUCUUGCCGCCUUUGUCGCUACCGCCAGUGCGGUGGCAAUCGGUUAUCCAGGCCCGUUGGGUGCGUACCCGGCGGUUGCCAAAGUUGCUGCACCGCUGGCCGACUACGACCCGAACCCGCAGUACAGCUACAGCUAUGCCGUGUCGGAUGCACUGACCGGUGACAACAAAAGCCAGCAGGAGUCUCGGUCGGGCGAUGUCGUGACUGGAUCGUACUCGCUCAUCGAACCGGACGGUACGCAGCGCGUUGUUGAAUACACUGCCGACCCCGUCAACGGAUUCAACGCCGUCGUUCAUCGUGGUGCCGGCGGUGUUGUGAAGGCAGUAGCACCGGUUGCCAAAUUUGCCGCCCCACUUGCAUACCCGGCCGUCGCCAAGGUUGCGGCACCGCUGGCCCAUCCCUACUACGGAUAA